GAAGUUACUCACUGUUAAUGAUGCAAACAGUUGAUGUUAGUUACCAGUUAGUAAUAUGUCAAAUAGUGAUAAAUAAUCUGAGGGCGGCUGACGGGUGUUAUACUCUUACUAGUACUACCCUAGCGUUGUGCAAGAUUUUUUACGACAAAUAUUUGUUACUAGUAGUAAUAUUUUUAGUUUUAGUGCCAGUAUCAAAUGUAUGGCCUAAACCUAGACUUGAAUUUUCGGAAAAAGCAGGUAAUAUUUAAAUUGAAAAUAAUACAUUGAUAACUGAAAAGUGGCAUCAGCAAUUUUUUCUACAUUACAGUUGCACAAGAAAGCUGUGACUUUUUGAUGGACAUUAAGCUAAAGAAAUUGAUAUGCAUGCAGAACUACUGAUAAGUAACUGAUUUGGAGUCACUUUUUUGUGCACUUAAUGCUGUAACAUGAAACGAGUUGAUUUAAAAAUUGUGCUGCUUGGAAAGGAGUAUGGUGGUAAGACAAGUUUGUUGGAACGAUAUCUAUAUGAUCAUUUCCAUGGUGAUCUUCCGUACCAGAAUACUAUUGGUGCUGCUUUUGGAGCAAAAAAGAUUCAGCUUGAUGACAAACAGAUAACAAUGGGAAUUUGGGAUACUGCUGGAAGUGAACGAUAUGAAGCAAUGAGUAAGAUAUAUUAUCGAGGUGCCAAAGCAGCUAUUGUCUGUUAUGACCUCACAGAUAGCAGCAGUUUUGAAAGGGUUAAAUUUUGGGUGGAUGAAUUAAAGAAAUUUGAGGAGGAUUGUAUGAUUUACCUAUGUGGAACAAAAAAAGACUUAGUUCAGGAGGACCGGCAAUGCAGGAAAAUUGAUUACCACACUACCACUGACUAUGCUGAUGAGAUUGGUGCUAAUCUUUUUGAAACAUCUAGUAAGACAGGGGAAUGUGUUCGGGAGCUGUUCACGCAAAUAGCAAUGGAUUUUGUGAAUAAAUAUGUGCCUUCUUCAAAAGAAAAAAAUGAAGAUUUAAUUUUAGAAAGUCCAGGAAAGAAGUCCACAUUCUGUUGUUCAAGCUAAGGAUACCCUACCUUGGAAGAAGAAAGUAUUAAACAAUACAUAUCAUUUACGUUCAUGUAAAAAAAAAUAGAGAGAACAUCUCCAAGAUCAAGUUUUUGAACAGUGAAUAGAAAUGCCAAUAUAUUACAUAUAGUUGGUUACAGUAUGUUGAUGCCUAGGAGGUUGUUCCAACAGAACUGAAGCCUGCCACUGAAUAUAAAAUUGAACUGGGUGAUCGUGACAAAUAUUAAGCAAGUGUUGUGUAAUAUUAGUGCCUUCUAUUAUUUAGUAAAUUUUGAAUGUUGACUUGAACUAUUUGUGCAAGUAUAAUUAUUAAUAUUAUAAAAUACUGGGGUGUCUUGCUGUUAUUCUUUAUGGCAUAUAACAAUAAUUUAGUUUUUGGAAUAUCCAAAUUUGUAUCAAGUUGGUAAUCAUUGUGGAAAUAUGUGAUUUGACAUAGAUUUUGUUUUUAUCUAUAAUUUGGAGUGAUUUCCUUUACACACACAUACACACAGAUAUAUAUAUAUUUAUAUAUAUAUAUAACUUUCACUAUUUCCCAUCUUCGGGGAGUGGUGAUUAAAACCUUCAGGGAAUAUUUGUCCAUUUUUUAACAUAAAAAAAGAUAUAGUGCAAUAGCUUUUUUACAUUAUUAAUUUUACUAGUACCUUAUUCUUUUGCUCAUUUUGUAACGUGAGUUAACUUGAAGUUGAUUUAAUCCAUUACUUCUCCAACAACCACUUAAUUAGAAAUGUAUUUAGAGUUUCUCCUGAUUAAAGAAGAGGAAUGAUUGUUCGACUUCUAGAAAGAAACAAGGUCCUCAAUUGAGGUAUUAAUACUGGUAGUGGUUACCUGCAUGAAGGUUUUCUACGUACCAAUCAACUAUUACAGUGCAAAAAUAUAAACAAAAUAAUUCAAUAUUUCAACAAUACUUAUUUCAACAAUAAGUUGUUGGUAGAAUUAUUUAUAAUAAUGUUUAACUUGUUGCUAAUGGAAGACAUGUUAGGUUUUUAGUAUUUUUACUGGAGCAGUGUAUACAUUAGAAUGUUUAUUAUAACUCUGUAGAAACAUCACUGUUAAAAAUGAAUUUUUCUUCUUUUUUUUUGGCUUUUUUUUUUUAAUCUUUCAAAAUGAAGUUUCUUUCUAAGUUUUCGUUUUAGUAAUGAGAGAUGUUAUAAGCCAAGAACACAGAAAGCCUCUAGUGGAUUAAUUUGGUAUGUUCUCACUCACACAACAAACACAGCUGUGAAAAAGGUUAUUUGGGUUCAGUUUUUUUUUUUUUGUUUGUGCAUCUGUUUUGUAACGACUGAAACCUAGUUAAAAUAUUAAUAAAAAUGUUUAGUUGAUAAGUUGAAUAUUCAAAGUUAAUUUCUUCCAGAAACAUCCACUGGUAUUUUUUUAGAUAUGAUUGGUUUGAUAUAAAAUGUAGCAGUUUUUUGUCAUGACUGUAUAAGAUAAAAAUGUGAAACUAAAUGGUUUUAAUUUCUAAA